CACAGAUUGAAAAGAAAAUAGAAGAAAAAUGCUAUCAGUACAGUUAACUACAAUUGUUUCAGCAUCAAGAUUGCUAUCUCCUCCCAAUUAUGCCUUGUAUUCAAUCAAGGGUUCCAGCACUGCACGGAAACGAACUGUGAAGCGGCCGAAUGCAAUUGGUGGGUGUUUUUGUAAUCCACCUCGUCCAACUAAGACACAUUUGGCGUCUGCCUCAGCUUUAGGUGAAAAUGAAAGUGAUGGGGAGAAAAGUGAAGUGAUGCCUAAACACGUCGCUAUUAUUUUGGACGGAAAUGGAAGGUGGGCUAAAAAUAGAAAGCUGCCUGUCCAAGAUGGCCACAGAGCCGGUUCGCAGAACCUCACAUGCUUCAUUUCCAGCUGCUGUGAGCUCGGAAUCAAGACUCUAUCAUUCUUCAUUUUCUCCAAGGAGAACUGGAAACGAUCACAAAUUGAAGUCAACUUCCUGAUGACAGCUAUUGAAAAUCACAUACGAUCAGAUAUCAUGAAACUCAUAACAAGACAUAAUAUACAGUUUUCCGCAAUUGGGAACAUAUCUAGACUGCCAAAAUCUCUUCAAGACGCAAUAUUUUGUGCUGAAGAGAUUAGCCGGGGUAAUAAAGGAAUGAACGUGGUAGCAGCGGUGAGCUACAGCGGUCGCGACGAUGUCAUAGAGGCAACCAAAAAGAUUGCGACCAGAGUAGAACUUGGGAUUCUACGAGCCACCGACGUCGACAAAACUAUAUUCGAACAAGAACUGAUGACCAACAACCUAGAAUUCCCAAACCCGGAUUUACUUAUAAGGACGAGCGGCGAACUCAGAAUUAGCAACUUUCUUUUAUGGCAGUUGGCCAAUACAGAAUUCUACUUUGCAGAUAAAUUCUUUCCAGAUUUUGAUGAAGAUGAUCUUCGCAAAGCGCUUACUUAUUACCGAUCCAAGCAAAGGCACUACGCUGAGCGGAGGAAUUAAUUCCAACUUGUUUAAUGUUUUAUCUUUUUCGGCAUCCACUAUGGUGCUACUCCAUAGAGAUGCCACAUCGGUAACUACCUCUAUUUUUUACUAUCUUAUAUUUUCCCCACUAUGACAUUAUCUCA